AAGGGCAGGAGAACUGCUGAAGUUGAAUCCUGCUUCUGGAGCCAUGAGCAGUGUGUUGCUGAUGACUCACCUUCCUGACCACAGCUCCAGGUUUCGAGAGGAUGCCCCACGCCCCCCAGUGCCAGGAGAGGAAGGGGAGACAUCAUGCCAACCCACAAGCACUUAUGCCAUGAAGGGCCAAAGCAGCAAGGUCAGUAAUGAUUCAUGCCCCCCACGGAGGAAUGAGAAUGGUUUGGGGGAACCAGAGGGCAGUGCUUGCCCGGACUCACCCUUGGCCAAGUGGACCAAAUCUUUGCUUUCCUUAUUGGGUGACCAGGAUGGGGCCCAUCUCUUUAAGACCUUCUUGGAAAGGGAGAAAUGUGUGGACACUUUGGACUUCUGGUUUGCCUGUAAUGGUUUCAGGCAAAUGAACCUUAAGGAUACCAAAACGGCGAGGGUGGCCAAAGCGAUUUACAAAAGGUACAUAGAGAACAACAGCAUUGUGUCCAGAAAGCUGAAGCCUGCCACAAAGAGUUACAUCAGGGACACUAUAAAGAAGCUACAGAUUGACUCUGUGAUGUUUGAUCAGGCUCAAACUGAAAUCCAAAUGGAAAUGGAAGAAAAUGCAUACCAGCUGUUUCUGACUUCUGAUAUAUACCUUGAAUAUGUACGGACUGGAGGUGAAAAUCCUGUUUAUUCUAGUGGGCAUGCUAUGGGAAGUCUCAAGUUUGUCUGUGGCUACCUUCCGACAUUAAAUGAAGAAGAAGAAUGGUCUUUUUCAGACUUCAAAAGCAAACAUAUGAGUUCUGCUCUUGGACUUAACAGCAAAAUGCUCCGGGCUACAACAGCAGAGAUGAGAGCAGUCACAGAAACUGAGAAUACCUACAGGUCCUACAGACGACACAGUAAUGAUAUCCCAUGCCACAUCAAUUCUGGUCAUGUUUUUGCACCAGCAACAAGUGCAAAUGACAGUGAAAUAUCCAGUGACGCUUUGACGGAUGAUUCAAUGUCUGUGACGGACAGUAGUGUAGAUGGAAUUCCCCCUUACAGAAUUGGCAGCAAGAAACAGCUUCAGCGGGAAAUGCAGCGCAGUGUUAAGGCCAAUGGGCAGAUUCCUCUGCCGCAUUUUCCUAGAACCUACCGUCUUCCUAAGGAGAUGACUCCUGUAGAACCUGCCAUCUUUGCAGCUGAACUCAUAUCCCGGUUAGAAAAGCUAAAGAGAGAACAAGAUACGAUGGACAGUCUGGAAGAAAGGCUUCAGCAAAUCCAAGAGGAUGAGGAGAAGGAGGAACCAGACCUGAGUUCCCAGACAUCUCAAGAGGUGGUGCCUUCCCACCAUGUACAGCAUCCGCUUACUCUUCUGCAGACGGGCAGCUUUGAAGAUGAUCCCCAAGCGAUCCUGGAUGAGCAUUUGUCAAGGGUUCUAAAAACACCAGGCUGCCAGUCACCUGGGAUGGGCAGACACACGCCUCGUUCACGGUCACCAGAUCACCUCAGAGACAGGAAAUUCCAGCAAUCUAUAGUUGUCCCAGCAGGUUGUACCAGUCUUAGCAAAGGAUUUUUAACAAAACAAAGUGCAAAGCAUGUACAUUAUCAUUACAUUCAUCACCAUACUGUGCCCAAAACCAAGGAGCAAAUUGAAGCAGAAGCCACACAAAGAGUUCAGUGUAUCUGCACUAGUGCUACGGACUAUUGUUGUUACACAAAAAGUAAAUGUCACUCAAAGGGAUCGGAGCUUUCUGUGGGACCUGUGGAACAGCUUGGGUUAAGUAGAAUGAGCACCUUGGCCAAACGGAGCUGUAAGAUUGACACCACACUGCUGCCGGCAUGUGAAGGUGGGACUUCAUUAGCAGCACUCCAGUUACCUUGUGAAGAAAUUGAUCGGUCGCAGAAUGUCUUAAUGUGGAUGUUAGAAAAUGAGAGACAGAACAAGCACAAACUUCACAGUACUAGCAGCAGCAUGCAAGGAAGUAAGAAAGUCCAUAGUUCUGAUCCCUGCAGGGGUGUCAGCUCUGAGCGCUCAAGUCGACAGUAUUCUUGGGGUACUGCUGGGCAUCCUCGAAAUCCACAACCAGCUCAUCCAUUUGUGCAGGAUCCUACAAUGCCACCGCUCACCCCACCUAAUACCCUUGCCCAACUGGAAGAGGCAUGCAGAAGGCUUUCUGAGGUAUCCAGACCUCAGAAACAGAGAUGCUCAAUAUUGGUACCGCAGAGGGAUCGAAACCACUUAACUGCAGUUCAAACUGGGAAUGCAUUACCUGUCAGUACCAGCCUUCCAACCGAAGAACACAAAGAUCCAAAGAAACAGGUGGCACUACAGUCUUCCCAAUCUGGUGAGCUGGUUGUUACCUACUUUUUCUGUGGUGAAGAGAUCCCCUACAGGAGAAUGCUGAAGGCUCAGAGUCUAACAUUGGGUCACUUCAAGGAGCAGCUUAGCAAAAAGGGAAACUACAGGUAUUAUUUCAAGAAAGCUAGCAACGAAUUUGACUGUGGUGCAGUAUUUGAAGAAAUUUGGGAUGAUGAUACAGUUCUGCCUAUGUACGAAGGAAAAAUUUUAGGAAAGGUUGAACGGAUAGAUUGACUGUUGAAGCUACUGACAUUAAGCUAAAGUUACCCUGAAACAAGGCAGCAGAACAAAGCUGUUGAAGUAAAGGAAAUGAAGAUUUUGAAAAGAAAGGGUCAGUGAAGGGUGACUUGACCAGCCUUAUGAAAAUAAAUUAAAAAGUGGCAUUUAUUAUUCAUUACCGAUUUGUGAAAACCAGGAGUUCUCGAACUAUUUAUUGAAAUGAAAACAUGAGCACUGUUGACUGUUUGAAGAUGAAGACCUUUGAUGAAAGAAACUCACGCAUAAUGUGACUGUGUGGAUACUAAAUUGUCAACUAAAACAUUGUAUAGAACAAUUGUAACUUUAAACUUUAAAUCUUAUUAGUAUUUAUUGAUUUUUUUUCUUUCUGUUCUUCUAGUGUCUGGUUUACAAAUGUGCUGCUUUAACAAGAUGGGACUGGAAACAGUGUUUUGAAGUUCCCACUUUCAGAAUUUAAGAAAAUUUAACUACACUAGUGCAUUUAUUUUUCUAUCCUGAAAUAAAUUCCUGUUGCGCUAGGCAUUUUAUGCAAUGAAUGAAAAGUAAGCUUUUCAGAAUAAGCUUCUAUUGCAUAUUUUGUACAACAGGAGUCAGUACAGUAUGUCUUAAUAUAUGCUGCUCUUACAUGUAAAUACUCCUAAAAGAUCUUAAGGGUAAAUUGGGCUACUCAUUGUAAAAUUGCAGUGGCCUGAAGCUAUGUCCACCUUAAUUUUUUUUAGAUAGUACCACAUCACAUCUCGUGCCUCUUUGUUUGGCCAGUUGUGACGCAAAACAAAACCAGUGCAAACAAUGCAGUUCAUGCAACAGCAAAACCAUACUUGGUCACUGUGCAUAUUUUGGUGUUGAGGUGCACAGUGGUAUCUGGUGCUGAAGUGUGCAGUGUUCAAAGAGCACAGUACCACCCACUACAAUCUAGCACUGUUAUCAGCAGGUGCAAUGCUAAAAGUAAAGAGCUACCAUUCUUUCAGGGGUGCAAUGCCACCUGUUAACAUCUGAUACGUUGUCGACACCAUUUUAUGUCACCACCAGAACAGAGAAAAACAUUUCUGUGCAGAUAUGGAUAUCUUGUUAUCUACUGCUAGGAGAAACGGUGAUAAGGGUACUGAGUCCUGAUUGGGUGGAAUGGCUGGUAACUUUCACAGAGUCCCCAUUUCUAAGCUCAAGAGCAUCUUUAUGCCAUCACUGACUUAGUGUAGUCCUAGAAAGUCUCAAAGGCAUUAGAGAUGUGGCCUUUUUACUUCAUUGAGUUUUGCUGCAUCACAGAGGUGUUUUUUUUACCAGGUCUGGUGUUUGUAUGGACACAAUUUUGUUUGCAUUUGCUGGCCAUUGUAACUACCGUGUAAAAUACAUGUUGUGUAUAUAUUGUUUAAAAUAUUAUGGUGAAGAAAUUUAUACACUCUCUGUAGUGUAACUUUUAUCAGUACAGUACCUGUGCCUUCAUGGUAAUAAAUAUACCAUGCAUUGCCCUAUGUUCAGGGCUUUAUUUUCCCUUUAUUUAUUUAAGGGAUGUGUAUAACUAUAUUUCUAUGCCAUUUAAAAAAAAUCCUUGCAAUCUUAAAAUGUUUUCAUGGCAUUUUGUUCAACUAAACUGUAAAUUAUGCAUUAUAAAGAGUUUCAUUUAAAGAAUACUUGGUACUAUAAUUAUUGUAAUUAUUAAGAGAUGUAGCCUUUAUUAAAAUUUUAUAUUUUUCAAAUUAAUUUUCUUAUCUUUUUCCAUUCUUUGAUUGUGACUGUCUAAUGAAACAUUUUUUGGAACUGAGAGCUGAAAGAGCAGGAGGGACUCCUUGAAUUGACGCUGGAGUGUCCCAUGUAUUUAUUUAUUUGAGUGUGGAGUAAGACGGGGUUAGGAAGGGGUAUGAACAGUUACAGAGAACUGUCACAAAUCUUCAACAGCUGUUACUCGUAUCAUACUUUAAAGCAGUAUUGUGCUGUCAGGAGGCUUUUUUCACAGCAGAAACUAGUAUGCUUUUAUUCCUAGCAGAGACUUGUUUUCCUUUUGUUGGUUAAAACUGAUUUAUGCUUCCAUAUGAGAAGGCAUUACAGGUAAUCCUUCGAAUGGUGUGGAGCAUUAUAGAUAUAUGUAACGUCAUCCAUGCUUCUAACAUAUCUGGGUUUUAUUAUUUACUUAUUCUUUAUUAAAAUGCCGGAUUAACUAAAUCA